CUCUCUGAAAUAACAGGAAUGCAGUUCAAUCCAGAGACAGCUUUAAAAGCGAUGCAGCAGCAGAUGGAAUCAUUCGAAUGUCUACGUCGGCAGACGCUGCAGAACGCUAGCUUGGUUCAAUCUGAAAUCAAUGAACUAUUCAAUAAGAUUAAUUUGGAUGAUGACAGCUAUGAAUUCAGGCCAUUGGAACAGCCUCACAAUACUCCAGAAAAUCCACAGCUAUUAAAGGAGAAAAGUGAACAGGAAUGCAACAUCUCUCAGUUGGAACAGGAACAGGAACAGGGGAGGAGGGCACUUCAGGGCCAGCUGGAAGAGAUGGGGGAAAGGGAGAAGAUGUACGCGGAGGACUUCAAAGCGUUGCUCAACAAGCACGAGGGGCUCCAGGCUCGGAACCAAGCGCUGCAGGCGGAGAGGGAGCAGCUCGAAUUGGAGAGGGAGAGGGCGCGGGGAGAGGUGGAGAAGAUGCUGGAGGAACGAGAGGACCUGCUGGCGGUGAUCGGCGCCAAGGAGGCGGUGCUGCGGGCGGAGAGGAACAAGGGGGCCGCGGAGGCGGUCCGGGCGAACGCGCUGCGGGCGGAGAACGAGGGGCUGAGCCGCAGCCUGCACAGGGCGACCGAGGAGAACGCGUCGCUGAAGGACGAGCUGGAGAAGGCCAGGUGCCAGGUCCACUGCGUGAGGGCGAAGCACGCCGUGAGCAAAGCAAUAUCAACGAGGUCAGAAAAGGGUUUGAGGAACUGGAAGAGGAACAGAGAAACAAUAUUGGAAGCCAGCCUCACAAUCCAGUCUCAUGGCACAGCGCGGCCUUCAGAGACAGGAAAAUCCAGGGAAUGGCCAGAGGGAGCGGCGAUGCAUCACAAGUACUGCAGGAACACAAUUUGCCAUCACUCAGUAUCGAGCGGUACUCAUUUGGGUCUGAUGGGAAAUGUCCUCCACCAUUGACAGGAGGGAAACCAGACUUAGAAAGGCGACUUAAUUGGAGGAAUAAGGAUCUGGAUGGUUGCACUGAUCUGUCCCAAAAGGUAGGCUAUUAGCUUUCUACAUUAUGGCGGGCUGGGUUUAGUUUAGUUUAGAGAAACAGCACGAAAACGGGCCCUUCGGCCCACCGAGUCCGCACCAACCAGCAAUCCCCGCACAUGAACGCUAUCACACACACACACUAGGGACGAUUUACACAUACACCAAGCCAAUUAACCUACAAACCUGCACGUCUUUGGAGUGUGGGAGGAAACCGAAGAUCUCAGAGAAAACCCACGCAGGCCACGGGGAGAACGUGCAAACUCCGUAAAGACAGGAUCGAUCCCGGGGCUCUGGCGCUGCAAGCGCCGCAAGGCAACAACUCUACCGCUGCGCCGUUUACUCCGGGUGUGCUCCGUUUUCCUCCCACAUCCCAAAGACGUGCGGGUUUGUAGGUUGAUUGGCCCUUGGUAAAUUGCCCCCUGGUGCGUAGGGAGUGGAUGAGAAGAGUCCACUAUUCCGGGACUACGUCCGUGCCCGCGGUGUCCAUGGGAACAGAGGCCUCCCGUGAACGCUGGUCGCCGCGGAGGGGUCGAGUGGAUUCUAGAUAAAGUUGACAACAUCUAAAUCUGACAAGCUGCCUCUUGUUUGUAAACUGUCAAUGGCAGUCUUAAAUAGAAUAAAAGCGUUCUGACAAGGAAAGAAAGUGGGAGUGGAUGAGAGAGUGGGAUAACAUAGAACUAGGGUGAACGGUGAGAACUGAGUUCCUCCAGUGGUUUGCUUUUUGCUCAAGUUAGUAAAAUAAAAACUUAAAUAUGAAAGAUAUUGACAGAUUGGAUGGUUUGUGUGAGACAGAACAUUUCAGAUCAGUGGUUUUAAUCAGAAUGUGUACCUUGCUGCCCAUAGUGGAAAACUGAUCUGGAAACAUAGAAACGUAGAAAAUAGGUACAGGAGUAGGCCAUUCAGCCCUUCGAGACAGCAACGCCAUUCAAUAUGAUCAUGGCUGAUCAUCCAAAAUCAGUACCCCGUUCCUGCCUUCUCCCCAUAUCCCUUGAUUCUGUUAGCCCUAAGAGCUAAAUCUAACUCUCUCUUGAAAAUUUCACGCAGUACAUUCGGUGACUAUGCGGUAUAGAAACUUACAUAUGAAGGCUGGCUCGUGGGUUAGGUGCAGGGUGGCAUGGUGGCGCAGCGGUAGAGUUGCUGCCUUGCAGCAUCAAAGACCCGGGUUCGAUCCCGGUCACGGGUGCUGUCUGUGCAGAGUUUGCACGUUCUCUCCGUGACCACGGGGGUUUUCACCAGGUGCUUCAGUUUCCUCCCACACCCCAAA